AUGACUUCUCAGCGAUAUGUGCACCUCCCUACAGAGAUCUUAAUGCACAUCGCCAAAUUGAUUUUUGAUGAUUGGCUUGAUUGUUGUGCCGAUUUUCCCCACCCCCAAGUCACGCUUCAAAAGUUCUGUGCGGUCUCUCGUCAGUGGUACUCUGCUGGCAUCGAAUUUCUCUACUGCCGACCUCAACUUAGCAAAGGGAAUAGCUUCUCGCUCUUUGUCAACACCGUGUGCCCACCAAUUCGCUCUCGAGGACGUAAAGCGGACCUAGGAUCGCUCGUUCAGUUCCUGAACCUCGAGGCAUUGGUACAUCAUAGCUCCAAUAGCGUGACGGCACGGCUUCUAGGUCGAGUGAAGAAGAAUCUGAAGGCUUUUGUUGCUCCAAGAGUCUCUUUCUCGAUCAACAGCCUGGCGCCAUUAGCAAAAUGCAAAGAGCUUGCCCACCUUAGCCUUAAGUUGGUAGCCGAGCCAAUUCCGCUUUCUGCUAUUAAGAAAGCCAUCAGCAAUCUCGACAAACUGCGAUACCUCGAGCUUCCAUCUUCGAUGUUCAUCACGGACGACGGUUCCAGUGAAGAUUGGCCACCCAAUCUGGAGUCCAUCAAGGUUGGCGGGCAAUUUUAUGCCGAGGAAAUGUUUUAUUUCAGGUGGCCCCGCAACUUGACAGAGUUGAAAUUGUGUGGUUGCGAAGAUCUAGACACGCCCGUUUUGGAACAUAUCGUGAUGAACGAGCAGAUCCGCACCACGCUUACUAAAUUGAGCAUCCACCGUUUGAAUGGCAAGAUGUUUAAGCAUGGACCAACUCAGAUCUUAACAGAACUCGAUAAGUUGCAUUCUCUUCAGAUACCCGUUGAUCUGCUUUACCAUUUACUCAUUCUUCCUGCGUUUGAUCCAGGGGACUUUCCGUCGUCGAUCCGUGAGCUAGAGCUCACGGCACCAUAUGACGAGAAUUUUCCUAUGGUGAUGGAUCCCGAUCAUAUUUGCAAGGCCUUGAAAUUCAAUCUUUCUCGGGUGUGCUAUCUUGGUAUCAGCCCUGGUUGUCUUCAAGUAAUACCUGAAGCAACACAUGCCAAAAUUGACAGGUUUGUGUGGAAGAACAUUGAUAAGUGUCCUGAUGAGGAACUUGAUUCUUUGUGUGACUUUGGUCUCGUUGUCAUGGAUCAGGAGCCAGUUUGUUAA